AUGGCACCCAUCGCACUCGAGCAACCCAAUGUUGCCGAGAAUUUCAACGACCACAAAGACGGCCUCGCCCUCGAAGCAACCUCCGACAACAUCGACGAAGUUAAUGUUCUAAAGGCCGCCCUCAAAGUAAAAAACGGCACCGCCACCCAAGAAGAAAAGGAAAUUUACGAAGCCUCGCAAUUCGAUGCGGACAAGGACAAAGCCCAAUUCCGCAAUUAUGAGGAUGCAUGCGACCGUGUAAAGAACUUUUACAAGGAACAGCAUGAGAAGCAAACCGUAGCCUACAACUUGCGCGCCAGAAACCGCUUCCACUCAAAGACCAGAGCGGAGAUGACGAUUUGGGAGGCCAUGGAGAGAUUGAACACCCUGAUUGACGAGAGUGAUCCUGAUACCUCGUUGUCGCAAAUCGAGCACUUGCUGCAAUCCGCAGAAGCCAUCCGUCGCGAUGGAAAGCCCCGCUGGUUCCAACUCACAGGCCUCAUCCACGACCUAGGAAAACUGCUGUUUUUCUUUGACGCCGAGNGGCAGUGGGAUGUUGUCGGCGACACCUUUGUCGUGGGCUGCAAAUUCGACGAUCGCAUCAUUUACCCAGGUACCUUUGCCAAUAACCCAGACUCCAAGGAUCCUAUCUACAGCACUGAGCAUGGUAUCUAUACUCCUGGUUGUGGACUCGACAAUGUAAUGAUUAGCUGGGGCCACGACGAGUAUCUUUACCAUGUUGUCAAAGAUCAAAGCACUUUGCCCGACGAAGCUCUCGCCAUGAUUCGCUACCACAGCUUUUACCCUUGGCACAAGGAAGGCGCUUACCGCUGGAUGAUGAAUGAAAAGGACGAGAAGAUGUUGGCUGCCGUCAAGGCUUUCAACCCUUACGAUCUUUACUCCAAGUCUGAUGGUAUUCCCAAAGUUGAGGAUCUCAAGGAUUACUACAUGGAGUUGAUUGAUGAGUAUUUCCCUCAGAAGGUCAUCAGAUGGUAG